UCCCCUCUCUCCCCACACAUUCCCUUUUCCACACACCAUGGCAGCUCGCCGCCAUUAUUCCCUUCUCCCAACCAUCACACUACUCCUCCUCUCCGCCGCCGGCGACGACACAAAAGACGGGUUCGUCUACGGCGGCUGCACCCAACAAAAGUACACCCAGCACUCACCCUACGAGUCAAACCUCAACUCCCUCCUCACCUCCUUAGUCAACUCCGCCACCUACUCCUCCUUCAACAAGUUCACCAUCCUCGGAUCCGACGUCGUUUCGGGCCUCUACCAGUGCCGCGGCGACCUCUCCAUGCCCGACUGCGCCACCUGCGUCGCCGCCGCCGCCUCCCGCUUCUCCUCCCUCUGCCCCGACAACUGCGGCGGCGCCGUCCAGCUCCAGGGCUGCCUCGUCAAGUACGACAACGCCAGCUUCCUCGGCGUGGAGGACAAGUCGGUGGUCCUCAAGAAGUGCGGGCCCUCCGACGGCUACGACGCCGACACGGCGGCGCUCAGGGAGGCCGUGCUGUCCGGGCUCGCGGGCCGGACCGGGGCCUACUAUCGCGUGGGAGGGUCGGGCCGGGUCCAGGGCCUGGCCCAGUGCGUGGGGGAUUUGGGCCCGGCCCAGUGCCAGGAUUGCUUGGGGGAGGCGAUCGGACGGCUGAAAGGAGAGUGCGGGACGGCGGAUUACGGGGAUAUGUUUCUGGGGAAGUGUUACGUGCGGUAUACAAGUAACGGCGCUCACUAUAGCUCCGGCGACAAUAAUUACAACAAGGCUCCUCACUAUGCUGGGAAAUCUACAAGCGGGACAGAGAAGACAUUCGCAAUUAUAAUUGGGUUACUAGCGGGAAUUGCUGUGCUCAUCAUCUUUCUUACUUUCUUAAGGAAAAUAAUCGGUGGAGGAAACGGUAAAUAAAGUAGAACAAAUCUAUUCCAGAGAUGUCGCCUCCAACUCUUUAACAUGUCUGAAGUCUUCCAUUCAAUUGAUUUAACUGCUAUAUAUGCAGCAUUGUUACAUUACAUCUUUCUGAUUGGCUUUGUUCUUCUUUUUCUCGCUUGCUACACAUAAAUAGCUUUUUCUUCUCUUUUUGUCUUUUCUUUUUACCCUCAUGACAAGUCAACUUUGCACUUUCUUAUUCCACUCUAGCCUCCUUUGCGAAUUCAUUAAAAGUAGGUCAAAUAUG